CCUCCGGAAGCGUAACACUGAGCGCGCCUGCGCAGUGGGCGCGAGGUCCGCUCUUUGCCCGUCGGGUCGUUAUUGUGCUUUUUGUUCCGGAACAGGAGGGUCGGGUCUGGAGCUUUAUUCGCCUUUCUUUUCCUCCCACAGCUUCCCUGCCUAUGGACCCUAAAAGCUACCGCUGCUGCUGCGGACCUAGACAGUUGAUGUCUCGGCUCUAGGAUGUGCGCUCUUCCCCUAGAAGCUCUUCGAAGGGACCGAGUUAAAAAAUAGUGCAAUGGAAAGCAAGUAUUGUGGUCAUCCCCUGUUAAGCUCCUGGUCAGCAAUGUAUACGUUCCUGCUGGGGGCUGUAUUCAUUACUUUAAGCUCAAGUCGCAUCCUGCUGGUAAAAUAUUCCGCCAAUGAAGAAAACAAAUAUGAUUAUCUUCCAACUACUGUGAAUGUGUGCUCAGAGCUGGUGAAGCUGGUCUUCUGUGUGCUUGUGUCAUUCUGGGUUCUGAAGAAAGAAAACCAUCAAAAUAGAAACUUGAGAUGUGGUUCCUGGAAGGAAGUCACUAAUUUCAUGAAGUGGUCCAUUCCUGCCUUUCUUUAUUUCCUGGAUAACUUGAUUGUCUUCUAUGUCCUUUCCUAUCUUCAGCCUGCCAUGGCUGUUAUCUUCUCAAAUUUUAGCAUUAUAACAACAGCUCUUCUAUUCAGGAUAGUGCUGAAGAGGCAUCUAAACUGGAUACAGUGGGCUUCCCUCCUGAUUCUAUUUUUGUCUAUUGUGGCCCUCACUUCUGGGACUGAGACCUCACAGCAUAACCUGACAGGACAUGGAUUUCAUCACGACGCCUUCUUCAGCCCAUCCAAUUCCUGUGUUCUUUUCAGAAGCGAGUGCCCCAGAAAAGACAAUUGCACAGCAGAGGGGUGGACUUUUUCUGAAGCUCAGUGGAACACCACGGCCAGGGUUUUCAGUCAUAUCCGUCUUGGCUUGGGCCAUGUUCUUAUUAUGGUACAGUGUUUUAUUUCUUCAAUGGCCAAUAUCUAUAAUGAAAAGAUACUGAAGGAGGGGAACCAGCUCACUGAAAGCAUCUUCGUACAGAACAGCAAACUCUAUUUCUUCGGCAUUCUUUUUAAUGGGCUGACCCUGGGCCUUCAGAGCAGUAACCGUGAUCAGAUUAAGAACUGUGGGUUUUUUUAUGGCCACAAUGCAUUUUCAGUAGCCCUUAUUUUUGUAACUGCAUUCCAGGGCCUCUCGGUGGCCUUUAUUCUGAAGUUCCUGGAUAACAUGUUCCAUGUGUUGAUGGCCCAGGUCACCACUGUCAUCAUCACCACAGUGUCUGUCUUGGUCUUUGACUUCAGGCCCUCCCUGGAGUUUUUCUUAGAAGCCCCAUCAGUUCUUCUCUCCAUAUUUAUUUAUAAUGCCAGCAAGCCUCGAAGUCUGGAAUAUGCACCUAGACAAGAAAGGAUCCGAGAUUUAAGUGGCAGUCUUUGGGAGCGCUCCAGUGGGGAUGGAGAAGAACUGGAAAGACUUACCAAACCCAAGAGUGAUAUUGAAUCAGACGAAGAUACUUUCUAAACGGUGCCCAAUAGUUGGCAGUUCUCACAAACCUUAUUUAUUUUGACAUUUUCAGUAUGUGUGAGAUUUAUCUUUUCACUUUGAUAAACCAAGAACAUUUCUAAAGCAUAAAACUCUUUGCAUAUAUCUAACCACUCCCUAAAUAAUUCCAACUAAAGCCUAGAGUACCCAAAGGCUAAAAAGUUCUAAGGAACUGAUGUAAGAGUAAUACUGUGGAGACUGUAUUAAUGGCCUGGUACUUAGUAGGUCAAGAUAUAUUUGCAGAUUAUUUUCCUUCUUCCUCCAUUCCAAAAAACUUGUAAUAAUCAUGUUAGCUGUAUCCUAUAAAUAUACAAGUAGAGAUCAGUUUGCCAUUCAUAAUUGUGUAGUUUUACUUUGCAUGCCAUAGUGUUCCCUUUUUUAUCAUUAUAAAUAGCACCUAGAUUGUCCCUUGAAUUUUGAGGCCAUGGAGAUAGUCAUUUUGUAAUUAAAAAGCAGCGUGACUCUUUCUAAAACAUUUGGUUGAAGGACCUUAAUAACCAGCCACAACGCUGAUUUGAGAAUAAUGUAGUCUGUGUUAAAUGUUUUGCCAAAGAAGCAAAUAUUUCAACAAAAAUCUCAGAAUUUUUAUUUUUAGGAAUUUGUAGGAAAUCUUAUUUUUAGUGAUUGUCUUUUGAUGUUUUUCUACACAAAUAAGCUUCAAUUUAGGUGAAAGUUGGUUUCCAGUCCCCACAGUUAUCACUUGUAUUUUACAUCACUUAAACCAGACAUGGUGGGUUUUUUCUCCUCAGUUUGACCUCAUCACUCUUGGAUUAUUCUAUUUUGGAGAACUAAUAACCAUUUUAUUAGUUAUUAAAUAGAAUUUAUGAUUACUAUAUAUCUUUAUAUCAUAUUCCAUUCUAAAGAUUGAGACACUGGCCUCGGAAUCACGUCAGAUUGUCAGUAAGGCUAAUGCCGAAGAGUUCCUUUUAAAAGAGUCACUUUGCAAACAAAUGGCUUUUACUGAAAUGUGAAUAGUGUUACUCUAAAAAGAGGAAGGCCAGUAAUAAAUAAAGCACUUUAUUGUAACCAUAUUUCACACUUAAAUUGCAUGGUAUUUUUUGAGGCAUUUUUGCAUGCAUCCAGUUGAGUCUAUGAGGUAGGAAAGUCAGGUGAUAGAUAAUUCAAAAAAGAGAAAACAGAAAUGACUUGCCCAAGGCCAUACAGCUGGAUGGUGCUAGGACAAGAGUUGUCUUCAGCUACUAGGCCUGUGUGUUUACAGAGCACUACACUGUAAAUGUGAGGUUGUCAUUUUCCUGCAGUAUGUACAUAUCUUCUUUCCCCUAAUUUUCAUACAGAUAAAUAUAAGAUAAUACUAUUAUAUAAUCCAUCUGUGGUAUCCAGAAUAAUAUGUGGCAAGAGUUGGUGGAAAUUUAUAAAUAAAAUAAUUAUUAAACCCUUACCUUGUGUUGCCACUUUGUCGUGUGAGGUGGAAUGCAGAGUAUUUUUAAUUUCAAAACAGGUAAUUUCAAAAGAACUUCUAAAACUUUCUCCUUCAGUAGAUCUUGACUUCUGAGAAUAGCAAAACUCUACCUUAUCAUAGGCAUUCUGUCAGAGUCAUGUGAAACAGGAAGAAUACUUUACUAUGGCAAUUCAUUUUAAAGGUAAAGAAAAUCAGCUAUAGGAGAGCUCACUUUUAAGAAAUAUAGCAUACAAAACAUACU